GGCCUAUUUACCCAAGUUAGUGAUAGGGGCCUGCGGAAACAUGAAAAGGGUAAAUAGCUGUGUGAAAAGUGAAGAACAUGUCCUGGAGGAACUGGAAACAGAAGGUGAGAGGCAGCUGAAGAGCCUCCUUCAACAUCAACUCGAUACCUCUGUCUCCAUUGAAGAAUGUGUCUCUAAGAAAGAGAGUUUUGCCCCUGGUACUAUGUACAAGCCCUUUGGGAAGGAAGCAGCUGGGACAAUGACUUUGUCCGAGUUCCAGACACUACAUGAAAAAGACCAGGAAACUGCUUCUCUCAGGGAACUAGGGCUCAGUGAAACAGAAAUAUUGAUCUGGAAAGGCCAUGUUUCAGGUGAAAAGAGGAUAAAGCUAAGGGCAACUCCCGAAGCAAUACAGAAACGGCUUCAAGAUAUUGAAGAAAGGAUCUCAGAGCGCCAGCGUAUCCUUUGCCUGCCACAGAGGUUUUCAAAGAGCAAACAACUGACCCGAAGAGAAAUGGAAAUCGAAAAAUCCUUAUUUCAGGGGACUGAUCGUCACUCCUUCCUUAAGGCUCUUUAUUACCAAGAUGAACCCCCAAAGAAGAACAAAGGUGAUCCCAUGAACAACCUGGAAGGUUUUUACCACGAGGCUAUAAUGAAAAAACGUCUUGAAGAGUUCCAACUUAUGAGAGGUGAACCCUUUGCUUCCCACUCACUGGUCUCAGCUACAUCAGUGGGUGAUAGUGGCACAGCUGAGAGCCCAUCACUACUCCAGGACAAGGGGAAACAGGCAGCACAGGGUAAAGGCCCCAGUCUCCAUGUGGCAAAAGUUAUUGAUUUUCCACCUGAGCAAUGUUGGACUGGGCCUAAGAAGCUGACGCAACCAGUAGAAUUUAUCCCAGAAGAUGAGAUCCAGAGAAAUCGUUUGUCAGAGGAAGAGAUCCGAAACAUUCCUGUGUUUUCUUCAUAUAAUCCAGGGGAACCAAACAAGGUGCUAUAUCUGAAGAACCUUAGUCCUCGGGUGAAAGAAAAGGACCUUAUCUCAUUAUUUGCUCGGUUCCAGGAGAAAAAGGGACCACCCAUUCAUUUCCAAAUGAUGACAGGACGCAUGAGGGGACAGGCUUUCAUCACCUUUCCUAAUAAAGACAUAGCAUGGCAAGCAUUGCAUCAAAUAAAUGGAUAUAAACUCCAUGGGAAAAUACUGGUGAUACAGUUUGGAAAAAACAAAAAGCAACAGUCAGCUGUUCAGGGUGCUUCCCUUAUAACAUCUGCUACAGAAAACAGUACAGAAACCAAUGGUAGCUAGAAAGCCACAUCUACCUACACAGACAUAUUUGGAUAUGUACGCAUAUAUGUAUGUAUGUAUAUAUGUAUGUAAACACACACUCAGAUGAUAUUUUUUAUCAUAAUCUUAGAUCUAGGAGAUAUUUAUAUCCAAUUUCUUUAAAAUUAAGGAGGAAAUAUCAGAAAGACAGUAAUUAGGACAGUGGCUUUCAGCAUUUGGAGAAAAUUAGUAAAAAUUUUUUCUAUAAUUAAAUACGGUAUCAUAUAUGAAAACAUUAUUUUAAAUUAACAAUAUCCUCAUUGUUAAAUAAAAUAAUCAAACAUUAUAUAGGACAUAUAGUAGCCUGAGUAUUAAGAUCAUGUGAAAACCUUUAAUUCUCGGGAUAUAUUACAUAGGAUUGUUCCUGAAGACUCCGAAAAUUCUUUAACAUUUUUGCAGUCUUCAGUGUUUAGUCCUAGAGAUAACACCAUUUCUAGGACUGUUCCCUGAAUGCAAAGUUUUAAAACUAAUCCAGUGUUAAAAUAUUUAUUUACUAGAACUCACUUAUGUUUUGUCAGAACUUUCAACAGUUAUUAAAUAGGUAGAUUCAUUAGUUUAUCAACAUAUUUAAUGAUUUCUUCCACACUAAGUUUUCAGAGUCCUAAAAAAGAUAUGUUAUUCUGACAUCUUUUAAACCAAAAUAUUGAAUUCAAAACAAUAAACAUUAAACAUGGAGUACCUGCCUAGUUAAUAUUAGUUAUAUGAACUUUUAAGAGGAAAUGAAAUAGCAAAAAAUACUAAAGGGACAUGGAAAGAAAGUUCUUUAGAACAAAAGCCCUGCCUCAAAUCCCCUAAUGAUUUGUUUAUAGUUGUUGAAGAAAAGAAACAUAAUAUGGUAUAGACAUAGUGCCAGCUUUGGAGUCAGACCUGUGGACCCUCAUAAUCUCUCAUGUUUACCACCUUGAACUUAGAAAGACACUUAAUGUGAGCCUCAUUUGUCUCAUCUAUAAAAAGUAAUAUUGCUAUUUACCUCACUGAGUAAGGGUUAAAUGAGAUUAUAUUAUCCAAAGUAAGGAACAAGGGAAAAGAUUAAGGAAAUGUAGGAAACUCUCUUAAGGAUAUCAAACAACAUAUAAAAAGAAUUCCAUUUAAAAGGAAGAAAGAAGCAUAAAAAUACUACCAGAGGACUAGCAAAAUGUCUUAGUGGGUGAAGGCAUUCACCAAUAAACAGGAAGACCUGAGUUCAAAUACAUGCUAGAAGGAAAGAAUUCCAGUAAGUUGUCUCUAAUGUCCAGAAGUAUAUACUAUGGCAAGCAUAUUCACACAUAUACAGGCACACAAACACACACAUACACAUAAACAGAUAAAUAUUUUUAAAACUUCAAGAAAUACUGGCUAUACAUACUUCAAAUUAAAUAAAAAAGGUAGAGCCAAUCCAAAAGCCAUACAAAACCUCAGCUACAUUAUAAUAAAAUGCUAUAACUCAGGAGACAUAGAAAAUAAUGACAGUAACCCAAGAAAGCUGAAGGGUUAUUUGUCAUGUAACUCUAACUAGAUUAACAGCUUCUUGUCAGAAAUAAGAAUGGUCGCCUAGGCAUGUUCUUGUGCUUUCAACUAUUCAGGAGGCUGAGGCAGGCAUUGCACCCUGAUUCAGAACCAGUUUGUGUAAAACAGUGGACCCUGGUUCAAAAACCAAAACCAAGAAAAAGUGACACAAAUGCGAUCUUAGAAAUUGCCCACCUAAUUUUAAAAGCUGGAGAAUUUGUUGCCAGCAGAUCACACAAGACAUGAAAAAGUACCUUUGUCAAGCUGAAAGCAAGUAACCUUAAAGAAUAAUUUGAAUCUACACAUAGAACAUAGACAAAGGUGAUUGUGUGACUGUAAAAGAAAACCUUGAAUUCUUUUUUUCUUAUUCUGUUAACUAAACUAAUCUUUCUUUUUUGUGUGUUUUCUGAGACAGUUUGUCUGUGUAGCCUUGGCUGGGCUGCCCUUGAUCACUCUGUAGACCAGGCUGGUCUCAAACUCACAGAAAUCUGCCUGCCUCUGCCUCCUGAGUGCUGGGAUUAAAGACAUGUACCACUACACCUCUCCCUCUCCCUCUCCCUCUCCCUCUCCCUCUCCCUCUCCCUCUCCCUCUCAUCCCUCUCCCUCUCAUCCCUCUCCCUCUCUCUCUCUUUCUCGGUUUUAUUGAGUUAGGGUUUCUCUGUGUAACCCUGGCUGUCCUACAUCCGGGUCUGUAGACCAGACUAGCAUCAAACUCAGAAAUCUUCUCUCCUCUACCUCCCCAGUGUUAUAGUUCUGUUACUUUCUAUUUAAAAGUUACAUUAAGUUGCACAUAGUUGCAUUGUAUUUGCUAUAACAUAAAAGUCAAUGUAUUUGCCAUUAAUAGGACACAAAGUCCUGUUAAUGCUGUAUUUUAUUUAAAAAUAGCAUAAAUCUAUGGGAAAAAAAUAAAAGAGAAAUAAGAUGCCAACAUUCUACAAGUCUAUAAAGAUAAUUCAGCUUCUUGAAUGUACAGAAGUAUGUUAAGUGAUAAUUAUAAUGUAUUGUUAGCCCUGUAACAUGUAGAAAUAGCCUGCAUAGCUGCCAUACACCCAAGUAUGAAAUAAGGAAACAAAAAUACUAGAGAUAAAAAUCCAUUUUUUGUUGUUGUUUAAAAGAUCGAUCUUUUAAGUUGUAACAAUUUUAAUCACAUUUUCUUGACAAUAGAGCCCCAAAAUAACCUAAAACAAGGUAACAAAGUAAAGAAUGAAAGGAGAAAUAGACAACUCUCAAAAAAGUGUCCCCUUUCUAAUAAAAGUGCUACAUAGAUGAGAAACAACAAAGCAGACUGCUUCAACACUGUAAGCCAAAUAGAUCUGAGAGAUAGCUAUAGAACAUACUACCCUAGAACACUAAAAUAUAUAUUUUCAUCCCAUGCACAUGAAACAUCUUUAGGCUAGAUCAUGAGCUGAACCACGAAACAGUUAUUAAUAAUACAAAUAGACUGAAGUAAGACAUAUUCUCUGACCAUGUAGAAGGAAGUUACAAAUCACUCACAAUAAAUUGUGAAACUCAUGAAAAAGUGAAAAUUAAUGACACUUCAUAGCAGAUAGGUCAAUAAAGAAACAGAAAAGAAGGGCUGCAAAAAUGGCUCAGUAUACAAGAGUGCUGGCUGCUCUUACAGAGGAGCUAAGUUUGAUUCUGAGCACUGACAUUAGGUUGUUCACAACCACCUUUUUCUAUGUGGGAAAUAUUUCUACUUAAUGAGAAGAAAGAUCAUUUAAUAGUAAUUCAGUUUAUAUCUUAAGCUGUAGGAAAAUAAUAGCAAACUAUAUCUAGAACAAAUAGAAAAAUGGGAAAACAUGCAAAAUAUAUGGGAGAGUAGAAGAGAACACCAACAGCACAGGCAUAUGCUGGAGAGGAUGUGGAGAAAGGGGAAGCCUUCUCCAUUGCUGGUGGGAAUGUAAAAUUGCACAACCACUUUUGAAAUCAAUCUGGAGCUUUCUCAGAAAACUGGGAAUAGCAAUACCUCAAGACCUAGCUAUACCAUUCCUGGGCAUAUAUCCAAAAGGUGCUCAACCAUGUUCAUCGCAGCUUUAUUUGUAUUAGCCAGAAUCAGGAAACAACCCAGAUGUCCCUCAACUGAAGAAUGGAUACAGAAAUUGUGGUACUUUUACACAAUGGAAUACUACUCAGCAGUUUAAAACAAGGAAACCAAGAAAUUUGCAGGCAAAUGGUGGAAACUAGAAAAGAUCAUCCUGAAUGAGGUAACCCAGAAGCAGAAAGACACACAUGGCAAAUACUUACUUAUAGGAGGAUAUUAGUCAUGUAAUAUAGGACAAACCCAUUAAAAUUUAUAGUCCUAAAGAAGCUAAACAACAAGGAGGAAGGACCCUAGGGAAGAAGCUUAAUCCUCAUUCAGAAGGGCAAAUAGGAUAGACAUCUGAAGUGGAAGAAGACAGAGAACAGGACGGGAGCCUUCUACAGAGGGCCUCUGAAAGACUACCCAGCAGGGUAUCGAAGCAGAGGCUAAGACUCAGCCAAACUUUGGGCAGAGUGCAAGGAAUCUUAUGGAAGAAGGGGAGAUAGACCUAGAGGAACAGGAGCUCCACAAGGAGACCAAGAGAGCCAAAAAAUCUGGGCUCAGGGGGUCCUGCAGAGACUGAUGAAUCAGCCAAGGACCAUGCAUGGAGAAGACUUGGACCCCCUGCUCAGAUGUAGCCCAUGGCAGCUCAGUCUCCAAGUGAGUUUACUAGUAAGGGGAGCAGGGACAGUGUCUUACAUGGACUCAGUGGCCACCUCUUUGAUCACCUCCCUCUGGUGAGGUGGCCUAAGUAGGCCACAGAGAAAGAUAAUCCAGAUAGUCCUGAUGAGACCUGAUCAGCUAGGAUCAGAUAGUAGGGGAGGAGGACCUACCCUUUCAGUGGACUAAGGGAGGGACAUAGGUGGGGGAAAGAGGGAGGGAAGGUGGAACCAGGAGGAGAUGUGGGAGGAGGCAACAGCCAGGAUACAAAGUUAAUAAAUUGUAGUUAAUGAUAAUAAUAACAAUAAAGAGAAAAUGGGAAAGUGAAAAACAACAGAGGAAAAGCAAUGAAUCCAAGUAAGAAAGUAGCAAACUUUUGCUAGAUAUAGCAGGAAUUGGUAGACUAUAAUUAUUAAAAUGAUAAAGAGAGGAAAGUCUAUUACUACUGACCUUUGAAAAAUAAGAGAUGUAUGAGGGAAUACUAUUAUACUUGUGGCAAUAAAUUUACUUACCCAAAAUGAACAAAUUUCUAGAAAGAACAAAAUAUAGGAAGUCAGAGUAGACCUUAUAACUAAUAGAUUAAAUAAGUAACAGGACAGAUACCCACAAAGAUACCCAUACUUAAGUUGCUUUUUAUUUCAAUUCUAGAAUACUACUGAAUGUUUAAUAAAACAGAAAUCCAAUUUAUUCACAAGCUUUUUUUAAAAAUAAAAACACUUCUGAGAAAUAAUCCUACAACAUGGAGGAACCCUGAGAAUUUAUUCAGUCAUAGAAACCAGUCGCUAAUGAUGACAAAUUCUAGAAUUCCAUGUAUAUGUAGCAUCUGUAAUUGGUAUAUCUGUAUAUAUAUGUAUAUAUAUGCAUGCAUACAUAUAAAAUACAUACAUAUAUAGCAGUAAAUGAUAAGCAGGGAAAACUAGAGUGGAUAGGAGUUCUUUACUAGCUGAUGAAAUGUUCAUAAAUUACCUUAAUGGUUGUAUAACAAUAAAUAUAUCAAGUGGGUAAAUUUUGUGGUAUGUUAAUUAAAUCUCAGUGAAACUCAAAAACAAAACAGGAAAUUGGAGAUGAUCCAAAUACCCAUCUGUCAACAUGAGUGGCUUAUGACUUAUGUCACAUACUCAUUUAGUAGGAUACUAUGAAGCCUUUCAAACAAUAGAUUAUACCUAAGAAUAUUUUGUGACUUGUACUCAUAUCUAAGAUUUUAUAAGUUAUAGAGUAAGAUGUAUGUAUGUAUAAGAUGUGUGUAUAGUAAGGACACAAUUUAAGCAAAUAGUUCAUGUAUAUAAUUUGUAGAGAUAAUUUCAAACAAAUGUAGAAAAGAAAUAGGUAAUGUAUAUACAGGCUGUAAACCUGGAAGUGGGUCAAUACAAGCUAAAAAAAUAUCUUCACCUUGUGAACAUUUUUAGGUGGUGUGAUUUGGAGUGGUUUUUUACCUUUUUCACUAUUUUUUUAAAAAAGUAAUUUUUAAAAUAUUCUUACAAACACUUGGCUUCCAGAAUAUUUGUCAGACCUACUCUGAGGAUUUCUGACUUUACUCAGGACAAACUUCUGUUCAUUUUCUCUAUUGCUCACAUGAUUAAUGCUCCAAUUUUUGAAAGAGUUUAAGCGAUGAGAAGUGAAAUCUAGUUACAGCCUCUUGAACAUGUUACCCUGGACAUACUUCUCAGCCAGGUUUCCCAAAAGGGACUGCUUCCUCUCAGGUGGGAAACCUUACCUCCUCAUUAUUAGACCUAAAGACCACUUAAAAAUGGAGAAAAUAUAAUAGAGGAGACCUUUCAACUGGUGCAGAGAUAUAGAAACUGGUAUAUCCAGACAACAAAAUUCUACUCAGCAAUAAAAACUGAGGAACCAUAUAUUAACAACUUAGAUAAAUCAUAAGUAUUUUACUAAGUAGAAGAUGUCAAACUCAAAUGGCUGCUUACUGUUAUAUUUACUUGUGUGAUUUUCAGAAAGGGUGAAGCAAUAAGGCCGAAAAACCAGUAGCUAUCAAGUGUUCGCACAAGGGAUUUUUUUUUUAAUAAUGGGAACUUUCUGUAUGUUGUUUGUAGUUACUAUGUGUAUGGUUUUUGUUAAAACUCAGAAUUAUACACCAAAAGAAUGAAUUUUAAUGUGUGGAUUUUUAAAAAUAAAAGCAAUUUUUA